AUGGCGACCCUUCUCCCUCCCCCCAAGCGCCAGAAAAAGUACCACGGAGUGCCAGAGCCUGAGCCCGAACCUUUGAAGCCUGCCCCAAAUGUCUUGGUCAACUUUACAUCUGAAGAUGGCUCGACGCAGCUGGCCCCCGCGGUCAGCGUCCCUGCAAACCUCUCGCGGCAAGGUCUGGAAGCGCUGCUCAACAAAUUGGCGAAGAAGGACGAUGAAGACGCAACCCCGUAUGCCUUCCACAUCGAUGUGCCAAACGAGGAGAACGCGGCGGGCGCACCCACUCGCGUCGUGAUCGCAAAAUCCAUCGAAGCCGACAUCCUCGACAAACCUGGCGACAUAUUCACUACCGAGACCAUCUUCCAAGUCCGCUGCACCCCGCAGAGCGUCUUCCGCGUACGCCCCGCAUCGCGCUGCUCGUCUACGCUCUCUGGGCACGGUUCCCCCAUCCUAUGUGCGGCGUUCUCGCCGACCGGCCGUUUGCUUGCGACGGGAUCGGGAGACACAACUGCGCGGCUAUGGAACUUGGAUUCGGAGACGCCGUCGCACACACUCGUAGGCCACAAGGGCUGGGUGCUCUGUGUCGAGUGGGAGGCGAUGGAGCGCAAGCUGGCGACUGGGGGGCACGACGGACAUGUCCGUCUGUGGGAUCCAAAGACCGGCAAGCCGAUCGGCGACGCGCUUAAGGGGCACUCGAAAUGGGUGACCUCGCUCGCUUGGGAGCCAGUACAUCUCAACCCCUCUGCCCCCCGCCUCGCCUCCUCCUCCAAAGACGGCACCGUGCGCGUCUGGUCCACCCUCACCCGCCGCGUCGAGUACACCCUCGGCGGACACACCGCCUCCGUCAACGUCGUCAAAUGGGGCGCCGGCAUGGGCAACGGGAACAAGGGUGUAUUAUACACCGCCGGCUCCGAUCGCACUGUCCGCAUUUGGGACGCCGACAGCGGGAGGCAGAUCCAUGUUCUGAAGGACCACGCGCACUGGGUCACGACGCUCGCUAUGAACACGGACUUCGCGUUGAGGACAGGCCCAUUCGAUCAUACGGGGAAGGCGCCGGCGUCGGAUGAGGAGGCGAGGCAGAGGGCGAAGGAGAGGUACUUGGCGGCUGGGAAGGAGGUUUUGGUGUCAGGUUCGGAUGAUCAUACCUUGUUCCUGUGGGCGCCGUGGGGACGGGAUAGGGAGGGCGAGGGAGGUAAGACGAAGCCGAUCGCGAGGCUUACGGGGCAUCAGCGCCAGAUCUCGCACGUCGCGUUCUCGCCGGAUGGCAGAUGGGCGGCGUCGGCAUCUUGGGAUACCUCAGUCCGGUUGUGGGACGGGCGGACGGGCAAGUUCGUCGCGACGCUUCGAGGACAUGUCGGCGCGGUGUACAGGUUGACAUGGAGUGCGGACUCGCGCAUGCUCGUCAGCGCGAGCAAGGAUGCGACGCUCAAGAUCUGGGACCUCAAAACCUACAAAAUCAAGACUGAUCUCCCUGGUCACACCGACGAGAUCUACUGUGUCGACUUCGUCGCCGACAAGAUCGUCAGCGGCGGACGGGAUAGGACUGUCAAAAUAUGGAAAAACUAG